CUGCUGAGAAAACAGGAAGCAAUUCCAAUGCAAUCUGCUUUUAUGACUUUCUGAUCUUUAGGAGUUUUAAAACAAGUUUGGAUUCACCUAACUUGGUUUAAUAUUUCUAUUUAUUUUUAAUUUUCUUUUAAACUUCAAGGGUUAACAAAUCAGUGCAAAAUCCUGACAAAUACUUAAAAACACAAUAUGGCAUCUUCCAUGAGGAGCUUGUUCUCUGAUCACCGCAGAUAUGUUGAAUGUUUUCGGAGGUUUCUCUACAAUUCCACGGAACACCAGUGCAUGCUGGAAUUCAUGGACAAGCAGCUGCCAGGCAUAAUAGCAAGGAUUGGAGAUACAAAGUCAGAAAUUAAGAUUCUGAGCAUAGGCGGAGGUGCAGGUGAAAUUGAUCUUCAAAUUCUCUCCAAAGUCAAGGCGCAAUACCCAGGAGUUCAUAUCAACAAUGAAGUAGUUGAACCAAGUGCUGAACAGAUCACCAAGUACAAAGAGCUUGUAGCCAAGACAUCAAACCUCGAGAACAUAAAGUUUGCUUGGCAUAAGGAGACAUCGUCUGAAUAUCAAAACAGAGUGAUGGAGAAAAAAGAGAUUCAUAAGUGGGACUUUAUUCAUAUGAUUCAGAUGCUGUAUUAUGUAAAAGAUAUUCCAGCUACUCUGAAAUUCUUCCAUGGUCUCCUAGCUACCAAUGCUAAGAUUCUCAUUAUUGUUGUGUCAGGAACCAGUGGCUGGGACAAACUGUGGAAAAAGUAUGGAUCCCGCCUACCGCAGAAUGACCUCUGCCAGUACGUUACAUCGUCUGAUCUCGUUCAGAUGCUGGACAGCCUGGGGAUUAAGUAUGAGUGUUAUGAUCUUCUGUCCACCAUGGACAUAACUGACUGUUUUAUUGAUGGUAAUGAAAAUGGAGAACUGCUUUGGGAUUUUUUGACAGAAACCUGCAACUUUACCACAACAGCACCACCGGAUCUCAAAGCAGAAAUUAUGAAAGAUCUACAGGAGCCUGAAUUUAGUGUUAGGAUAGAGGGGAAGGUUCUUUUUAAUAAUAACCUGAGCUUCAUGGUGAUCGAGGCAUAACUACCAGUCAAGAGACUGUAUUCAUAAAUUACAUUUUGAACAGCUAUCAAUCAUUUUUUUCUAUAUUAAAAUUAUAACUAUAUCUCAUAGACAGAGCAUUGUCUCUUAUAAAUGAAGCCUAGGAAAUCCCGAGACAUUUGUGGACUUCCAUGUUGAAUCACCUGAAAUACUUCUAGUUUUACCUGUCUCAGAGACUAUAUGCAGGCUAAGUACCGUACAAGCUGGAAACAUCAGAUACUGAAUUUUACUGGCUUAUUAAUAACAAAACCCUUUCCUAAUUGUACUAGAAUUACCUAGAAUAAUAAUAAAAUAUAUUCUGUGGAUUCUUGAAACACUGAUAAAGUCAACACUUAUUAAUAUUUUGGUCACUUAGAAAACAGAUACUUCUCUUCUUGGGAAGGAUUUGUCUUUGUUUAUUAUUCUUAUUUCUGUCUUAAUUUCCUUGAAUAUUAAAAGUAAGCACUGUUAGACUAUUACAAAAUUAACUCUGUAAUAUAUAGUCAUUUCCAUAUUUUCUUUUCUCUUAAUUUCAUUUAUAAUCUAAUAAUGUUUUGGGUGAUUGUUUUUGAUGUACUGAAACUUUCUACUUUCUUGGGCCAAAUAUACUUUUUUUUUCUUUUUUAAUUCAUGGGUUUCUGACACAUUCUAAAUGUUUCCCUAAAAUCAAAGUUUUGAAAUACUAAUAUAUGCCA